AUGAUGAGACCAUCACAGAAUGAAGAGCGUUAUUACUGUCGAAAAGGAAACCAUGCGAGAAAUGUGCAGUUAAUCCCUGACGCUGACUUAAACAUAUUACACGUUGACGCAACUUAUGGAGGCGCUACACACGACAGUUUUAUUUUUAAUAAUUGUGUGAUUCAACCUAAACUUGAAAGUUUAGUUGAAGCUGGUGAAACAGUAUAUUUGCUAGGUGAUUCCGGAUAUGCCCAACGCACAUAUUUGAUGGUACCGAUAUCUAACGCUGUUGAAGGAUCACCAGAAGAGCACUAUAACAAAUUACAUGCCACAGCACGUAAUACUGUGGAGAGAGCGAUUGGCAGGCUAAAGGGAAGAUUUCGGUGUUUAUUGGUGCACAGAGUGCUCCACUAUGAUCCUGAAAUGGUUGCAAAAAUUGUGAUAGCUUGUUGUGUGCUACAUAAUAUUUGCAAUCGUGCAGGGCUUCCUGCUCCAGCUAUAGGCGAGUAUGAUCUACAAGAAGAAAUUCGUUUCCACACUGCAAUGCGUGCACGAGGCUCUAGUGUUGAAGGUAUGUCCACAGAAGGUAUUUUGGGGCAAUAG